CUCUAAGUUCAUCAGGCGGAAUUAUGUCGUCUGUGACUGUGUAUAUCGUUGUGUGACAAUAUCACGCACUGGCUAUGGAGCAGCAUGUUAGUGAUGAUGAAGCAACGGUAGUUUUUAAGGGAGAAAACAAGAGACGAAGAAGAAAGAUAAAAGCAUUUUUCUCAAACUCAUCUGUAACAAUGGAUCAUUUAACACUGGAGUUUGUGCUGCCUACCACUAACAAGACAACCAAGUACCCUGAUACCCUGCAGAUGGAUGUAAUUGGCAACUGGACUGUAGAACAGGUGAAAGCUCAGCUGUGGCUGAGGGCUGUCACAACCUGCAUGUGCUCAGAAUUUUACCAGAAAUAUUCCCCAGACCACUGCAUCCUGCUCUACCAAAAAAAAGGUAGUUGGUGUGAGAUUUAUGAUAAGCAUCAGGUCUUCCAAACGCUUGAUUGCAUUCUCUACUGGAAAGCUCUUAAAAAGGAGGUUGGACGAAUUCAUCUGGUUUUAAGGCCACAACCUAGUGAGUUAUCAAUCCAGUACCAACAAUUUUUAAAUCACCUUAUAGGGUACGAUGUUACAGAUGUCAGUAAUGUCCAUGAUGAUGAGCUGGAGUUUACAAGAAGAAAGUUACUUACAACUCGAAAAACUGAACUGGCAGACAGAGACCCCAAACAUUAUUCAAUGGAUCCUUGGACAACCACAAGGCCUUUACCUGAUUACUUGCUAAGCAAGAUAAAUAACAAUCACAUGCUACUUGUGAUACACAGAGAUAUGUCAAGUCAAACAAUAAAGGUAUCCAUAGACGACACACCUGUUCAGGUUAUCCAUAGUUUUUUCACAAAGACUGCCAACAAGAAGGCACUUCUUGGCAUACCAGAGGAGGUCAGUGAAUCAGACUUUGUUCUGAGGGUCUGUGGAAGAGAUGAAUAUAUUUUUGGAAACUAUCCCAUGAAAGACUUCCACUGGAUCAGGCAGUGUCUAAAAAGUGGAGAUGAUAUUCAUUUAUUGCUUGAAUCCCCUCCAAACCCUGAACAGGAUGCGGUCCAAAAGGAAGAUUGGUCACAGGUGGAUGACUGCACUGGUGUGGCUGGUACGCAUGAACAAUUAACUAUUAAUGAGAAAGACCAUGAAAAGGUGUUUACUGUCUCUCUCUGGGACUGCAAUCGCAAGUUCAGAGUUAAAAUCUUAGGGAUUGACAUCCCAGUCCUUCCUCGUAAUUCAGAACCGAUUGUCUUUGUAGAGGCUAGCAUUUUCCAUGGCCAGCAGCUGCUGGCUCAGGAAAGAACAUCUUCUAAGCCUUUUACUGAGGAGGUACUGUGGAAUACUUGGCUUGAUUUUAAUAUUAAGAUUAAAGACCUGCCUAAGGGUGCCAGGCUAAAUCUGCAAGUGUCAUGUGGGAAAGCACAAGCUCAGACCUCUAAGGACUGUGCUUCACAUGACAGCAAAAUCAGAAGCCGUCUGCUUUACUAUGUUAAUCUCUUAGUGGUGGACCACAGGUCCUUGCUCAGACAAGGGGAGUUCAUCAUGCACAUGUGGAAGUUGCCAGAGAAGAGUGAUGACAACAGCAGUGUAAAUGCAGACAAACUGACUUCUGCGACCAAUCCAGACAAAAGCAGUUCAAUGGCAAUUGCAGUGCUGCUGGACAGGUAUUGCUACCCAGUUGCUUUGCCUAAAAGCAAAGAUUCUCGAGAUGCCACAGAAAUGGAUGUAGAGAGGAGCAAAAGAGACAUGCCUAACCAUUUACGGAAACAGUUUGAGCAGAUAGUGGCAACUGACCCCUUGCAUCCAUUAACUACUGAGGACAAGGAACUUCUCUGGCAUUUCAGACAAGAAUGUGUACGACAUCCCAUUGCCUUUCCAAAAUUUUUCAGUUCUGUGAAUUGGGGAAAACAGGAAGAUGUAAUGGCCACACACAAACUGCUAGAGAAAACCACCACCUGGGACUGUAGCCCUCUUGAUGUUGGCUUAGCCAUGCAGCUAUUAGACUGCAAUUUUUCUGAUGCAAAUGUGCGCACAAUGGCUAUCAGAAAAUUGGAAAAUCUUGGUGAUGAUGAUGUCCUGCGAUACCUUUUGCAGCUGGUUCAGGCUGUGAAGUUUGAGCCAUACCAUGAUAGCGCACUUGCCAGAUUCCUGCUUAAGCGUGCUGUAAGGAGUAAGCGAAUUGGCCAUUUCUUGUUCUGGUUUUUACGGAGUGAGAUAGCUCAGUCUAUGCACUACCAACAGAGGUAUGCAGUUAUUUUAGAGGCUUAUUUGCGUGGCUGUGGAAAUGUCAUGCUGCAGGACUUCAGAAAGCAGGUGGAGAUCACUGAGGCACUGCAGAAAGUGACCCGGGAGAUCAAGGCAAUGUCUGCUGACAAGUAUGAUGUAUCAGCACAAGUUGUUUUUCAGCUGCGGCAGAAACUGGAGAGUCUGCAUGUGAUGGGGUUGCCUGAAAGCUUUAAAGUGCCUUAUGACCCAGGUCUACGGGCUGGGUCACUUGUGAUUGAACAAUGCAAAGUAAUGGCCUCUAAAAAGAAGCCUUUGUGGCUGCAGUUCAAGCGGGCUGAUCCUACCACUUUGUCAAGUGAUACCAUUGGGAUAAUAUUUAAGGAUGGAGAUGAUCUUCGUCAGGACAUGUUAAUACUACAGAUUUUGUUGAUUAUGGAGUCUAUAUGGGAGACUGAAUCAUUGGAUCUCUCCUUAUUGCCUUAUGGUUGUAUUUCUACAGGAAAUAAAAUUGGAAUGAUUGAGAUUGUAAAAGAUGCUACCACUAUUGCUAACAUUCAGCAGAGCACUGUGGGAAACACUGGUGCUUUUAAAGAUGAAAUCCUUAACCAGUGGCUUCGAGACAAUUGUGUUAAUGAGGACAAGUAUCAGCAAGUGGUGGAACGCUUUGUGUACUCCUGUGGAGGUUACUGUGUAGCAACAUAUGUCCUGGGGAUUGGUGAUCGCCACAAUGACAACAUCAUGAUAACAGAAUCUGGUAACCUUUUCCACAUUGACUUUGGACAUAUUCUUGGAAACUACAAGAGCUUCCUUGGGAUAAGCAAAGAAAGGGUCCCAUUUGUUUUAACACCUGAUUUUCUUUAUGUGAUGGGCACAACAGGGAAAAAGAUAAGUCCUAAUUUUCUCAAGUUUCAGAACAUUUGCGUGAAGGCCUACCUGGCACUACGGCACCACACCAACCUUUUAAUAAUUUUGUUCUCUAUGAUGCUGAUGACUGGCAUGCCACAGCUGACUAGCAAGGAGGACAUAGAGUACAUUCGAGAGGCUCUUACUGUGGGCUGUACAGAUGAUGUGGCCCAAAGACACCUCUUGGAUCAGAUUGAGAUCUGUCGGGACAAGGGCUGGACAGUGCAGUUCAAUUGGUUCCUACACUUAGUGCUUGGCAUUAAGCAAGGUGUAGAGAAGCGAUCAGCAUGAGCUUGGUUUGGGGGAAAAAAGAUUUUUGUUUCCCUCUUGUUUUAAUCAUAAAAUAUUCUUUGUGUUUGUUAUCUGAAAAGUUCAAAUGUUGUGAAUGGUUUGGUUUAGGUGGGUAAAAAUGCUUAGCAACAGAGGAAUCUACCCUAAAAAAUUUUUUCAUGCAUGUUACUAUUGUGUAUGUACAUCUAAGUGUGUGUUUGGGUUUUUUUCCUGACUGAACGUUGAAAACUGUGUAAUUGAAAAGAAUAUAAACAUUCAUAUGAUAAAA